AGCUGGAGGAUGACGGAUGACAUAGAUAUAGAUUGAGGUUAUCUUCAGUGUUAUGGUUGAUAAUAUGAAUAAACUGAACACUUAAGUUUAAGUCUCUGUAUCAUUAAUAGGAUAACUUAACUUACUGUGCAGUUGUACAAAGAUGAUAGGCAAUUAAUGGAAAAUUGUAAUAGGCCAAACACAUUAAAUAAAUUAUGGUAGAGUAUUAGAAAUUACAGUAGGCCUAUAAUCUUUUUAUUUUGCUAAUGGAGUACUGAGUUGAAAGAUUAUCCUACUGCAAAUUGCAGAAUGAAUGAGCAAAACAUUGUUCAAUUAAGUAAAACGUUAUCAUGGUUACUUAGACAUGGUGCACAUAAGGAAAACCUACCCAUAUCAUCUGAUGGUUUCUUAGCCGUUGAGCAUGUACUAAAGCACAAACAAUUCAAUGGGAAAUGUUCUGUGAAGGAUAUAGAACAUAUUGUAAUGUCAGAUGCAAAGAAAAGAUAUACUUUGAGGACUGAUGCAAAUGGAAAACUUGAAGUAAAAGCUAACCAAGGACACUCGAUGAAGAUGGUAUUAAGUUCUACAGAUCUGCCAAUGAUGUAAUUUUAAGUGAAGGUAACCCACAAGGAUUCAUCGAACCAAAAUAUUUUAUGAAAAUUGUUGAACUAC